AUGAUCCAUACUAUUGAAAAUAAAGAAGAAAUAAUUAAAAACUCUGUUAAUCAUAUUUGGAAAACAACUGAAGGCAAAGUUGUUACUAUUACUUUUGAUGAUCCAUUAAACUCAGUAACAAUAACCUUAAAUAAUGGCAACAAAACUAUUUUAAAUUUGGAUGCACCAGGAGUGGUUCUUAUAAAUGAAGAAAUUUUUAGGAAGAUAGUAAAUGUGGUUGACGGAUCUAACAGAAAAGAUCCUAUUAUAAUUGACGAAGUAGAAAUAAGACUUCAAGAAAAUGAUUCAGAAGCUUCUGUUUCUGUAGACCAACCUUUAAACCAUAAAGAAAGUGAUGAUAAUGUUAUCGAGAAGGAUCGAAGAAAUGAAAUUCAAGGUUUGGACUCUGUAGCCCAACCCUUAAACUAUGAAGAAAGUGAUAUAAAAGAAGCAGAUGAACAAAGAUUUAAUGAGAUAACAUCAAG